AUGAAGUACCAAAGAUAUCUUUUGUUGUUCUGUGCUCUUUUUGGCUUAAGCCGAGCCGCUUUUGUAGACAUUUCACCUAAAUGUACCAUCAAGGACAGCGAAUGUUUGAAGGGCUUCUUUCAACAAGCACUGAAGAAGAUGGGGGAAUCUGGUGCACCAGAAAUCGGAAUCCCUGUACUUGACCCCUUUCCGGUAAAGGACGUCACUGUACGAGUCUUAGAUAUAUUGAAUAUUACCUUAAUAGACGGCUUCGCUAAGGGUAUUAAGAAAUGCGUCUUUAACAGUUUUAGGAUAAACCUCGACAAAGAAAUGGGUUACCAAGACUUUACAUGUGAUAUAACAAUAAAGGGAGUGUACCGGUUGAAAGCUUCAAAUCCAACGAUAAAAGCAUUGUUAGGCAGUGACAGUCUGCAAGGAGAGGGUAAUGGAAAGGUAAAAAUGGAAAAAUUAAACAUCAAGUUCUACUUCCCGAUUACUUUGGAAAAACGAGGCGAUAACAUUUAUGCUGUUGGUCAGUUUGAGCAUCUUGACUAUACGAUGGAUCUUGCAAAGGUGACAUUUACUGCAGACAAGGUUUUCAUUGGAAAUGAUAAUGUUGUGGAUACCUUGCACAAAUGCCAGCAUAACGAUUGGAACUGUUUAAAAAAGGUAUUAAAAGACGUGUUUGUUGGCAUCUCAUCAACCGGAAUACCAGAAUAUGACAUUCCUCCAAUCGACCCUUUGCACUUGAGCAAUGUGAAGUUAAAUUUAUUGAACAUGGCCGAAUUAACAAUACGCGAUGGACAUGUUAAAGGUUUGAAGGAUUGUGAUGUGUCGGAAGUGAAGUUGCGCUUGGAAAAAGGAAGCGGCAUAAUUAAGUUAUUGUGUGAUAUCACAGCGAAGGGUAAAUAUGACGUCACUGCGUCUAGCCCGGCUUUGAAAGACCUCUUUGGUGGUGGUGUCUUGAAAGGAAACGGAAACGCUAAAGUGAAAAUAGAAAAGCUCUUGAUAACAUUUGGUUUCAAAUUUGACGUGGCCAAGCAUUCUGAUGGAGAAAUCUACAUAGAUUGUCACAAAGAUCUGGCUACUUUUGACUUCGAUCUACUAGGAAGCAGCACGCUGUUCUUGGACAAUUUGUUUAUUGGAGAUGUUGACUCAAGUAAAGUAAUCACUGACUACUACAACCAGAACUCGAGAACAAUAUGGAAAACGUUCGGAAAAUCUCUACUAGUAUCUGCUACUGACAUAGCGUACGACCUCAUACACAGAUUCUUCGGAAGGGUAAAAGCAACUAAUUACCUCUCCGGCGACCUAACUCAAUUCAUAGAGAAAUAA